CUAAGUCACAGCGGGACGUCGCGGCUCCCAGAGGCCCGGAUGUGAGGGGCGGGGCCAGCCCGGUGCGCAGGCGCCCUGAGCGCGCGUUCGGCCAAGAUGGCGGCGGUGGAGCACGUUGUGGCCGAUGCCGGGGCGUUUCUGCGAGAUGCGGCUCUGCAGGACAUCGGGAAGAACAUCUACACCGUCCGGGAUGUGGUGAGCGAGAUUCGGGACAAGGCCACUCGGCGGCGGCUCGCCGUCCUGCCCUACGAGCUGCGUUUCAAGGAGCCCUGCCCAGAAUACGUGCGCCUGGUGACUGAGUUUUCAAAGAAAACUGGAGAUUAUCCCAGCCUUUCUGCCACAGAUAUCCAAGUGCUGGCACUCACCUAUCAAUUAGAAGCAGAGUUUGUUGGGGUGUCACACCUAAAACGAGAACCAGAAAAGGUUAAAGUGAGCUCAUCAAGUCAGCACCCAGAAACUCCUCUAUACAUUUCUGGUUUCCAUCUGCCUUCAAAGCCUAAACCCCCACGAGAAACAGUACAAUGUGGACAUCCAGCUGCUGAGCCUGAGAACCUAGAAUUCAGUUCCUUCAUGUUCUGGAGAAACCCUUUGCCUAAUAUUGAUCGUGAACUGCAGGAGCUGCUGCUUGACAAAGGUGAUGAUGUUCCAAGUGAGGAAGAUGAGGAAGGAGAGAAUGGAUUUGAAGAAAGUAAAGACGAGGAUAGUGAUGAUGACGGGGGUGGAUGGAUAACACCCAGCAACAUCAAGCAGAUCCAGCGGGAGUUGGAGCAGUGUGCCGUCCCGAAGGGUGUGCGGGUUGGCUGUGUGACUACAGACUUUGCCAUGCAGAAUGUUCUGCUUCAGAUGGGGCUGCACGUGCUGGCGGUGAAUGGCAUGCUGAUCCGUGAGGCCCGGAGCUACAUCCUGCGCUGCCACGGCUGUUUCAAGACAACAUCUGACAUGAGCCGAGUGUUCUGUUCCCAUUGUGGAAACAAGACCCUGAAGAAGGUGUCUGUGACUGUCAGCGAUGAUGGAAGCCUCCACAUGCACUUCUCCCGCAACCCGAAGGUGCUCAACCCGCGGGGCCUCCGGUAUUCCCUUCCCACUCCCAAAGGGGGCAAAUACGCCAUCAACCCCCAUCUGACCGAGGACCAGCGCUUCCCUCAGCUGAGACUCUCCCGAAAGGCCAGACAGAAAACAGACGUGUUUGCCCCUGACUACAUCGCGGGGGUGUCUCCCUUUGCCGAGAAUGACAUCUCCAGCCGGUCAGCCACCCUGCAGAUCCGAGACAACGCCUUGGGAGCGGGCAGGAGGCGGUUAAAUCCUAAUGCUUCCAGAAAGAAGUUUGUAAAGAAAAGGUGAAUUGCAAGCUCCAUGGGCAGACAGGAUUGCCGCUGCAGCUGCUGGCACCUCAGGUGCCUCAUUUCUCCAGCUGUUGGACUCCAGGGCCGUCUGGUGGAAACAGUAGGCCUGGCUUAGGCAGUGCUGCUUCCUGACACCUGGGGUGGGCCGGGUGGGGUCCCAGGUGGAACGGGGCCAUCCCUUGGCCUCUGAGCAUCCAGAGACUGGGAUUCCUGCCGUAUUGAGGGGAGCUUGAUGAAAGCAGACAGAAAGGUGCCAUAGAGCAUAUCUUCAGCAUUCAAAGAAAGGAACUUCCAGCUGGUGAUAUUUUUCUAAUAAAUGUGGUUAUAAGCUUCUGUGCCUUUGUAUCAAGUUGGCAAACGUCUGCUUCGUAAUUUGAAGGCUAACACGUAAGCUCUAUACUCAAGUAUGAAGCAUUUAUAUUUUCAUUUUUUUUACAGGAAGAUACACUAAAUUUGUUAUAAUAAAACUAGGAAGUGCUA